AUCUCAGUAAUUGUAAUUGUGUUAUAUAAUUUGAAAAAGCAAUUAGUUACAUUACAAGUUACUGCCAAAAGUAGUGGAAUUACUGCCUGAGUAGGAGGAACACUCGAGGGGAGACCUUAACCUUUGGCGGGUCAAUUGAGCAAACAUCAGCUGACACUGCUUUGUGUUUUCAGGCUUUCCCUCAAAAGCAGGUGAGAAUGAUGAAGAAGGCCUCUGCACUUAUCUUAAGAAGAGGAAUUUCAACAUUUCAGAGCAAAUUGUGCAACAAUGACAGCCUCUUCAGAGUUCAUCCAUCUGUAUCACAGGCGUUGGCAGAAAACAGACCGGUGGUUGCGCUCGAGAGCACUAUUAUCACUCAUGGCAUGCCUUAUCCACACAACCUGAGCACAGCAAAGGAGGUGGAGGCCAUUGUGCGGGCUGAAGAAGCCACUCCCGCCACGGUUGGAGUGAUUGAUGGCAAAAUCCACGUCGGUCUGUCCUCAGAGGAGCUUGACCAUCUCGCCCGCUACAAGAACUCCAUGAAGGUGUCCCGUCGUGAUUUGCCCUACGUCAUUAGCAAAGGGUUAUCUGGGGGAACGACUGUGUCAGCCACUAUGAUAGCAGCACACAGAGCUGGCAUCUCUGUGUUUGUCACAGGGGGCAUCGGAGGAGUGCACAGAGACGGAGAGAACAGUCUGGAUAUCAGCGCAGAUCUGACAGAGCUGGGCAGGACUCCCAUUGCUGUGGUCUCUGCUGGGGUCAAGUCUAUUCUCGACAUCGGUCGCACCCUGGAGUUCCUUGAGACGCAGGGUGUUUGUGUCGCCACUUAUGGAACGUCAAAGAAUUUCCCAGCCUUCUUCUCUCCUCAAAGCGGAUUCACUUCCCCAUAUCAAGUCUGCAACCCUGAAGAGGCUGCAAAACUUAUCUCCAGCACUCUAUCGCUUGGUCUCCAAAGUGGUGUCCUGUUAGCUGUGCCCAUCCCGGAGGAGCAUGCAGCAGCAGGCCAGCAGAUAGAGCAAGCAAUACAGACUGCAGUGACAGAGGCGAGUGCUAAAGGCAUCACAGGAAGAGAUGUGACGCCUUUCAUUCUUCAAAAAGUAAAUGAGUUAACUGAAGGAAAGUCCCUUCAGGCCAACAUUGCUCUCAUUCGUAACAAUGCUAAAGUCGGCAGUCAGAUAGCCUGUGCGCUGUCAAAGGAGAUGAAUAAAAGAAAAUUAAGAAGCACAUCUGAUCAUCAUGGAAAAAAAUCAGAGUCAGAUGUUGUCGUCAUAGGGGGAAUAAAUGUGGAUUUUAUUGCCAAAGGAAAAACACAAACACUUCUUUUUGGACAGACCAACCCAGGAAGUGUCUGUCAGUCAUUUGGCGGUGUAGGACGGAACAUUGCUGACUCUCUGAGUCGUCUAGGCUAUAAACCUCUGUUCAUCUCUGCCACUGGAGCUGAUUCACACAGUGAUGCAGUGUUAAACUACUGUAAACAUAUGAACACAAGUGGUGUGGCGAGGCUACAAGAUCAAAGCACAGCUACUUACUGCGCUGUCAUCACCGAAAGUGGAGAACUGAGUCUUGGAUUGGGUGAUAUGGACGUUCAUCAGCAAAUCACAGAGCACUAUGUGUCACAGUUUGAGAAGCAGCUGUCAUCAGCCACUCUUGUGUGUCUCGAUGGAAACAUCCCCGUCUCCACCAUAGACUAUGUUUGUUCUGUUGCCAAAAAGCACAACAUUAAUGUUUGGUAUGAGCCAACGGAUUCAGAAAAAGCCUGUAAGCCUUUCCUGUCAGACGCCUGGAAGUCGCUGUCCUACUCAUCCCCAAACCUGGCAGAGUUGUGCACCAUGAACAAAACACUGGGCAUCCAAACACCUGAAGUGCUUCCGAGUUCCCUCGACGAGGUGCUGAGUGUUGCUGUGGCUCUCUCACGCCCCCUUCUGGAGCAUCUCCACUGUCUGGUGGUGACCCUGGGGGCUCAUGGAGUGUUGCUGUGCGGAGAACAUGAUACAGGCUCAGUCAACCUGCAGCCAAGAAAGCAGAAGAACAAGAGGAAGCUUUGUGCUCUUCACUACCCAGCGCUGACUGUGACCGCAGAAGAGACAAUGAAUGUCUCAGGAGCAGGAGAUAGUCUUGCAGGUGCCCUGAUGGCGGGGAUCCUCCAGGGGCAAAAGACAGACACCUGUGUCCAGAUGGGGCUCCUGGCUGCACGGAUGUCCCUGGCAUCUCCGCACCCCAUCGCCCCUGUGCUUACCUCAGACUCUGUGGAUCCCAAUAACGUCCAGACUCAGAACUGGCCCAAACCAAGCUUCAUGUGGAUUGAUUAAAAAUAUUUUUUUAGCUGUGAAACAUUAUUAGAGAAAUCUGUGAAGAUUUGGUCUAUUAUGGAUGGGUUUGUUUAAUAUAUUUUUGCAGUAUUCUUUUUCUUCUUUUUUUGUGAAACCUGUUUACAUCAUAUGACUGAGAAAAUGAAUGAAAGAAGAUAUCAAACUUUUUAAAAAUUUUUAUAUAUUACACAACUGUUCUAU